AUGGACGAGCCUUCCGGAAAGCCCCUCAGCUGUGAGGAGAAGGAAAAGUUGAAGCAAAAACUAGCAUUCCUGAAAAAGGAGUACAGCAAGACACUAGCCCGCCUUCAGCGUGCACAGAGAGCUGAGAAGGUUAAGAAUUCUGCUAAGAAAACAGAACAUCAAAAUCACUUGCUCCAGCAGGAAAAUUCCCCACAGCUAAACCUCUCAGACGUUGAAAAGAAAAUAAAUUCUUGUGACAGAUUACAACUCAGCACGCAUAUUGAUGAAGAAAGUGGAGAAAAGACAUGUGUCACACUUGAUCUCCAGCCUGAGUCCUUAAAGGCUUUUGCUAGCCCAGUGGAAGAAAUACAGCUACAAAGAACAGAUGACUUUCUAGAACAUUUUCCAUGCAAGGUCAUCCAUGCUGAUGACGAGAAAAGGCACGGUCCACUGCCAGAGAGAAAAAAGCAACGGCAGAAGGGAACUUUUCUUUCUCAGGACAGAGACUCUGUCAGUGACUCUGAUUCACUCUUGCUUUCUGGUAAAAGAUUAAAAGAACAGGAAAAAGUUAAUAAUAGAGAAACUCUUAAGGAACCACAAUAUGAAAUAAGAACUCACUUUCCUAGUCCUAAGCCUGAGAUUCCAGAUUCAUUGGGACUAGUUUCAGAAACUAAUGGAAAAACUGUAUUGAUCCCACUAGCUGCCAAACCAGAAAGAGGGAUUGAUGAUCUGUUAAAAGGAAAUAAUAGUGUCUUGAGGGUGACCCCAGUUCAUUUGUCUGUGCCCUCAGAGACCAGUAGGAGGCAGCAGCUUGAAGACAUGCCUCCUGAUGUUGACUUUGCACUUAGCACCAUGAAUGCUACUUCACAUGAAAACUUAGAGGCCCAAGGGGAAGUCGUCUUUAGAGAUAACUCUAUGGUAAAUAAAGAUAUAAAGGAAAGUCACCAGCUCUCUAGACAGCCUAAUUUAGUGGUAGAUAAUUCAUGUAUUGUAAAUGAACUCACUCACCGUAACAUAUCAGCACGUGAAAGCCAAAACAUGGAAGAACAGAAUCACACUGAGAAGUCCUUAAAAUCUAGUAAUAUACUUGCUGAUAGGAAGGAAAGUCUUCCAGAGACUGAGGAUCCAAGUCAACUGGAGCGAUUGAGCCUAGAACCAAGCUCUCUUGUUCCUUCAGAGAAUCACGCACAGUCUAAUACAGCGCCCAGUGGUCUUCUUUUUCCUGCAGAAUAUUACGUCAGAACAACGCGAAGCAUGUCAAAGCACCAGAAGAAGCUAGCCCUGGAAGCUGCAGUUCAGAGUCACCUGGGUGGUAGGAAGAAAGAAUUUAAAAAUAAAGAUGCAACUAAACAUUUAAACUUUUCCAGUGAAGAACCUGAUCAAAGUAAGGUUGGGAUGUGUGACACUCGAACUAGAAAACCACUUCCAAAGAAUCCUCCUCGGAAGUUCCUCUCAUCGACGGAGGUCAGCUGUCCCUUUGGGUUUGCACAAGAUACCAGCUUUACUAGGAAGUCAGUUACCCAGCCAUCUGGCCAACAAGACCAAGGAAAAAGAAAACCCAUCUGUCCCACAGCGUUGGAUGAUCCUGACCUUAUUUUCCCAACUUUUGGUACAUCAGAUAUUAAGAGAUCCAAAAAAGUCACCUCACACAGAAAGCAAAAUGAAAAAGCAUUUUUUCCUAUUUUAGGGAAGAAGAAUCAUUGUCACAAGAAUUCCCUUUGUUCCAGAAGAAAUGCUUCUAACUUAACUUUGAAUCAUGAAGCUUUCACUCCUCCAUUUAAUAAGAAUGAAAUGCCAAGUUUAAAGCAACUGUCAUCUUUUUUCAAAACCGCAGAUUUUCAGUUACCUGAUGAAGACUUUGGACCUCUUAAGCUUAAAAAACUGAACUCCCACUCAGAAAAAAUGAUUGCACCUCUUCAAUCAAAAAUGUGUGUAAAGAAGUAUGUGAAAGAGAGAGAGUGUCCUGUUUCGAAGGAAUUGAAUCCUAAAGAAACAGAUGAAGAAAAAGAGGCCAUUGUUGUGCCAGAAAAAGCACAUCCUGAAUUAUCAAACCCAGAAAACCAGCGUGAGAAGAAGUUUCUUUCUUCAUCCAUGUUGCUUUUUACUCCUUUAAAUACUGUUGCACUUGAUAAUGACAGACCUUCACCUGGCAUCUGUUCACCUGCUUUCCCCAUCUUGGGCACCACACCAGCCUUUGACUCCCAAGCACACUCUGAAAAUGUAUCUUCACAGAUUGUUGGAGAUACUGGCUGUACACCCCAGCUUUCUCAUUUGAACAAAAGGGCCCGUCUGGCUAGAGAUGAUAAACAAUGUAACAGUUCUGUCAGUCCCUUGAAAUGGGAUAAGAGCCUUCAUGGAUUAGACAGGAAAGGACCCCCAGACUGUGACCAUGACUCAUGUUCCCCUCUCCCUGUGCAAUCAUUCACACCCCCAGGAAACCAGCUACAUGGAAGUACAUGCCUGGAGCUAUAUACAGAUACACUUGAACAGACUGAAAUAGCAGACCCUCCUGCUUUGAGUAACUUAAGCCCAGGCAGCCUACAGUUGGUUUCAAAGUUAAAGAAUCCUUCAGGCUCCUGCUCUGUGGAUGUGAGUACCAUGUGGUGGGAAACAGCCGGUUGUAAAGAGCCGUGCAUCAUAACUGCUUGUGAAGAUGCUGUUUCUCUUUGGAAGCCUCUAGAUACUUGGCAGUGGGAAAAAGUUUAUACCUGGCACUUUACAGAGAUACCAGUGUUACAAAUCAUUUCAGUGCCUGAUGUUUGCAGUCUUGUGUGUGUAGCUUUGGGAAAUUUGGAAAUUAGAGAAAUCAGGGCAUUGCUUUGUUCCACUGAUGAUGAAAGUGAAAAGCAGUUGCUGCUGAAAUCUGGACACAUCAAUGCUGUGCUUGGCCUGACUCAGAGGAGGCUGGUCAGUAGCAGUAGGACACUCUUUGAUCAGCAAAUAGAAAUCCUGACAUUUGCCGAAGAUGGAGGAAACAAAGAAAAACAGUUCCUGAUGCCCCCUGACGAGACUGUACUAGCUUUUGCCGAGGUCCAUGGAAUGCAGGAAGCACUGCUUGGUACCACUCUGAUGAACAACAUUGUUCUUUGGAAUUUGAAAACCGGUCAGCUCCUGAAAAAGAUGCAGGUGGAUGAUUCCUACCAGGCCUCGAUCUGCCACAAAGCCUAUUCUGAAAUGGGGCUCUUGUUUGUUGUUCUGAGCCGGCCGUGUGCCAAUGAGAGAGAGUGGCUGGGCAGCCCUGUGUUUCAGCUGAUCGUCGUUAACCCCAAGACGGCCCUGAGUGUGGGCAUGAUGCUCUACUGUCUUCCUCACGGGCAGACCGGCAGGUUCCUAGAAGGUGAUGUGAAAGAUAAUUUUGCAGCUGCAGUAUUGACUUCUGGAACGAUUGCCACUUGGGACUUGCUUCUGGGACAUUGCACUGCCCUCCUUCCACCCAUCUCUGAACAAAACUGGUGCUUUGUUAAGUGGUCAGAUACAGACUUUCAUUUGCUGGCUGGACAGAAGGAUGGAAGUGUAUUUGUAUAUCGCUACUAA